CGCCGCAGCUCCAGGUCUCCAACGUCGAGGCGAUCGACCGGCCUGACACAUUCUUAUUCAUCGCCAUGGCAUGGAGGAGGAAGAGCGGCGGCGAGUCGUCGGGGUCGCCCGGCGCCUCGCCGUGCCGCGACGACGAGCUGGAGAAGGUCCCGAGAGGGCACGUCCCGAUGGUCACCGGCUGCGGCGCGCGCGUGGUGGUUCCGGUGAGGCUGCUCCGGGAACCGUGCAUCGCGGAGCUCCUAGACAUGGCGGCGCAGCAGUACGGGUACGGCCAGCCGGGCGUGCUGCGGAUCCUGUGCGACGCGGGACACUUCCGCCGGGUCGUCGACGGCGCGCUGCACAGAGCCGACUAGGCGCCGGGCGUACAUAUGCAGCAGUGCCAAUGUAGAAGAGUAUAGUUAGAUAUACGAAGUCCUUUCUUUGAUUGAUAUUAGUUCUUUUGUACAUGAAUACAUUAGGAACGUGAAAGACAAAUUCGUGUUAAAUUUGAAGUGCCAACUCCACCUGCGCAA